UAAAUAAGGGUGGACUCAUCAUUUUCUCUGGAUUCUGGGUGAUUCCAUGACUACUGUUUCUGUAUUUUUUGGGUUCUCACCCAAGCUACCAUGUGGAAUUGAUGUUACUAGUCCACCAACAUUUUAGGGAACUGUCUAUCCUACUAACCUAUGCUGUUAUGUACUUAUAUACUUGGUAAAUUUUGCCCCCCACUACCCCCCCGGCGAGAAAAGUAAUCCUGGCUCCACCCCUAUACAGGACUUUCUUUUGAUUAAGACAUACCAAAACCUUUGCACUUUUGUCCCAUCUUUGAAGACCCUUCCAAGAAUUAAAGGAUGGUACAACUUUCUGAAUAACCAUGAAUAAUUAAGAUAGUUUGUGGUGACUGUCCUUUUGUGCAAUGAAGCCUAAGACAAACCCAAUAAAGUAGGGUUUAAGAGCUGCCUCACCUUAGAGAUUUCACUCCUAGGGGCUUGCCUCACCACACCAUAUUGGAUCCCAACUGCAUUAGUGGAAUAGGCUGUGGAACUGGCUGCAAGCCCUAAACCUGUGGUUUGGCUCAUGUAUUGCCACAUCUUUAUGUCUGUACUUUAUGGUAUUACUUUAUGUACACUCGAAUGUGUAUUUCUGUCUUAACACUAUAAUAGUAAUAAUAGAGUGUGUGCAGAAAUUAUUAGUGGUGUUUCUGAUUUCUGACAAAGGUAUCUUAGCUCGGUGAAUAUCCACUUGAUAGUUGUUGUGUUUUCUGGGAGAAAGAAAAUUAUCCAAUUAAAACACCAUUACAUAGAAUCUAUCUGGUCAUAAUGGAGAAGUGUUCUUUGAUUCAGGUCUUUCAACCAUAAUGUUGUCAAUUAAUGCCUUCUAGUUCCUUGCUUGUUAUUGACUCACUUACUGGUUUCUGUUGUGACUUUUGAAAUAUGAAAAAGAACCUUUCUGCACUGAAAUUUAUAUCUUCUUCUUUAUUGAUUUAUCAUUUUUGAGUCUGCCCUCUUUUUUCCUUGUGCACAGAAAUUGUGCCUCGAAAAUGGCAUGUGAGCAGGAGAAAAAUCUUGAAUAUCCUCUUGUUUCCUCACAUGAAGUUUGUCCCAAGAAUUUCGGUUUGUUUUUUACUUCUUUGGGGAUUUAAUUGCCCUCUUAAGAGGCAGAACGCAUGAAAUAAAUUUAUUAACUUCGAGUGCAGCUUCAACAUGGAAUGGGUGAAUCAGAGUUCCAUACAGAAUCAGAUGGUUAUUCUUUUCCUUUGUGUCAAAAAAUAGCUGAAGCAUUGCAGCAAGCAAAGAAGAUUUUCAUAUUCAAACUGUCUGUUCUUAAGCAUAAUACUAGAAGAGAUUCUGAUGCAAAUGCAUACCCCAUUUUCACUGGGUUUGUGGUAGAGACAUUCACUGGAUUGGUCAGGCCAGCCAUCUUUGAUACAAGCUUAAGAUGUCCAGAUGAAAUGGUCAGGAGAAUCCGAGUGAUGGUAUUCUCAGAAGAACCCACUUGGAGUUGGAGUGGCAAGUUGCUUGAAACAUAUGAUACCCACAGUGAUCAAUUUCAAUUUGCACCAUGCUCUUGGUAUGGUAAUGUCCAAAUUUCUGGAUAUGCACAUUUCUCCAGAGAAACCUCUUUGUAGAUCCAUGAUAAUUAUGUGGUCUGGAAAUUUAAUUUAGUUUGUCAUAUGUUUCUUCUUGUUCUUCAUCUUUUAGAGGUUGAUGGAUUCCCUUGUUUUUACUGAAGUUUGGUGAUACGCUUUCUUAUUUCCUCAUAUAUAGGAUACCACAUUGGAAAUAUUUUGCCUUCUCACUGCAGCAACUUUCUGUUUCAGAAAUCCUCCUAGUAUGUUCAACUUCACCUUUUGCUGAAGGUCCAGAUUUUGUCGAUAGUGAAAGCAGGU